AAUAAAAGUGGGCUUGGGCGGGGCUUGGUCGUUGUUUUUUGACAACACAAGCUUAAAGCUUUUAAUAAUUUUUAGUGAAUUCAUCGUGUACAGUAACAGAAAUUAUUUUAAAGAAAUGGUUUCUAAAUCGAAGACCGGGCUAUUUGCUCUAGGGUUUUUUACUAUAGCAUCCUUCUUUAUAAUUAUUUCUUUUGUUAGUCCAUAUUGGCUUGUUACUGAUGGAAAACUAAAAAAUCCAAAAUUUAAAAGAAUUGGUCUGUGGGAAGUUUGUUUUAAUGGGUUUGAAGAGGUUCAUCACUGGUAUGAUACAGUAUUUAAAGAUUGCUGGUGGAUAUUUGAAGAAGAAUAUUAUAUUAUACACGAUAUUCUUCUGCCUGGAUUUUUUAUUGCUACUCAAUUCUUUUUUACCACUACUCUAUGCUGCAUUAUAACAUCCUUUUUCAUUCUUUAUAUUUACCUGAGAAAAGAGGAGGAUGAUGAUAACUAUGUAACUUUGCUUUUGAUAUUUGGGACAACUCUUGUUAUUGGUGGUUUCUCAGGAUUAAUAUCAGUUAUAACAUUUGGAGCAAGAGGAGAUGGAAGGGACUGGAUGCCUAAUUGGGAGCACAAUGACCUUGGGUGGGCAUUUGCACUGGGUGUUGUAGGAGUGGUACUUCUCUUUCCUGCUGGAAUUCUGUUCCUAGUAGAAGCAAGAGUCAGGAAAUACAAAAGGUUACAUGAAAUGCAAAGCAGGGAGCCAUCAUCAUAUACUAUGCAUGAACGAAAAGUGGCCUUUCCUGGUCAUACAGAUAUUUAGAAGUAAAUAUGGUAUUACCUUUAUUCCGUCCAGCUGUAAGACUUACAAAUUAAGAAUCUCUUUAAAUGUUUUAAGUAUCAAAAAUGUUUUGACAUUAAUUAGCUAGUAUAUUUUAAUCUUAAGAAUAAUUGUUUUACAAAAGAAAUUUACAAAUAAAGACUAAAAUGAGG